UCCACCAGCACGAAAGUGAGCCACACCAACAGGACUUGAGGAACCAAACUAACUCCAUAUCAGCCACUUAGGGGUCCUCACUUCAGUGGAGCAUUGAUGUGGGGUGCAAAGCAGGAUAUUCUGAUGCAGAUUGCGGAAGUAACUUUUUUUUUAGAACUUUAAGUUGCAGCUUUGGUGGAGAUAUUUGUCAACUUGUGUUUUAUAUGAAGAGACAAGAUUGGUGUUUGAACAUUUCCUAUUAAAGAGGAAGUGCAGGGAGAAAUAAAAUGGAGGAGCACAACAAUGUCAACUUCAUGAGACUUCUGUCAGAUGAGAGCAAUCGUUCCACUGUGUCGUCGGACUCCUGUGAGUACUAUCAGACAGAGAUAUUUGAUCAGCUGCCCAGCAUCCAGGCCAUCCGGCCCGAGCAGGACAGACAGUGUUGUUGGGAAGCCUCCGAGGCCUACCAGGGUGGCCCAGAAAUGGGGGAGAGGAUCAGCCAUGGCCAACUGUCCAGAGGACCCAAAGUCAAGGCAUCUACACAGCCGCUCAAGAACAUGGUCAUGUGUAUUCAGGGGAAGAGAGACGCCAGGGACAGGAGGAAGAUGCAAAUCAGCAGUAUUGGUUUUUGGGAGUCCUGGAGGCGGAGCCAGAGCAUCAACUGGAAGAGGGGUUGGGCGCAGAUGGGAGGAACUCUAUCAGGCCUGUUGCCAUGGCAGCGCUCUCUCCACACCAUCGAAGGCAGGUUUGGAGUUGGCGUGAAGGCUUACUUUGUUUUCCUUAGAUAUCUGGUUUACAUGAACAUACUUCACUGUGCUCUUAUCUGCGGUUUCAUCCUGGGGCCUACAACAUUUUAUGGCAGGAGCAACAGCAGUGAACCUUUGAAGUUUGGAGGCAGUGACUCCUUUUUGGAUUUCUUCCUGGGAACGGGCUACCUGGAUCGUUCUCCUGUCUUUUUUGGUUUCUAUACCCGUGGCUCCCUGGAUUUGCCAUGCUUGAACACACCUCUGCUGUACCUCGCUGGAAUUCUCACCAUCUUCUUCCUCAGUCUCAUUCUGGUGGUCCGUCGAACAACGGUUGGCUACAAGCACACCUGGAUGCUCGGGAAGCGUUACAGUAUGAACGUGAGCUACAAGAUCUUUUGUGGUUGGGACUUCACCAUCCAGGACCCUGCUGCUGCUACUCUCAAACACAGCUUCAUCAGAAACGAUCUCAAGCUGUUCCUGGAGGAGCAGAGUUUCUCCUUGCGUGACGCUCAGAGGACACUUGGACAGAGGGUGCGUCUCUUCCUGCUCAGGUCUGUCCUCAACCUGCUCGUUUUGUCUCUGCUGGUUGGAGCCUUCGCCCUAAUCUACAUUUCCACAAAAAAAUCAGAUGACAAGAGUAAGCACUACUGGUUGGUCAGUUUGGUCCUGGAGUACCUCCCUCCCAUCACCAUCACCUUGGUCAACCUGGUCCUCCCUCACAUUUUCCGCAAGAUCUCAUCUUUUGAAGACUACUCUUUCACAAUGCAGGUCAAUGCCACCCUUGUGAGGAGCAUCUUCUUGAAGCUGGCCUCACUGGGAAUCUACUUAUUUUUCUCCUUAAAAACAGGACAUCAGCAAUGCGGGGAGAACAUGUUUGGUAGAGAGAUGUACAAGUUGUGUAUCUUCAACUUCCUCGCCAAUUUCUGCAGCGCCUUUCUCUUGAACUACCCCAGGAAGCUGCUGCAGGAAUGGUACCCCUCAUCAUUGCUGUCCCGGUUGUUGGGGAAACAGCGCUUCCUGAUACCUUUCUACGUGUUGGAUCUGGUAUACAGUCAGACUGUGUUCUGGGUGGGAGUCUACUACUGCCCUCUACUGCCUCUGAUAGGAACUGUCAUACUGAUGGGCACCUUCUACAUCCAAAAGUUCACGGUCCUGUGGUGCUGUGUGGCAGAGCAGAGGAUGUUUCGAGGCUCCAGCUCCUCCGUUUUAUUUCACUUUAUGUUGCUGCUCGGUCUCAUCAUGGCUGCAACUACACUGGGCUUCAACCUCUACCACCAAAAAGACACAAACGACCAAAACAUGCGGUUGCCCUGUGGUCCAUUUGGAAAUGGAAAAACUAUGUUUAAUGUUACAGAAACGUGUGUGAACAGUCUCCCAAGCCUGGCACAGACCACUCUCCGCUACUUGGCAUCUGAGGCCUUCGCCCUGCCGCUCAUACUAGCUGAGAUUAUAAUCUUAACCUCAUAUGUGUCACGGGGACGAGCCAAUCAGAAGGCCAUCGAGAGACUAAAAGACAUGUUGGUUAUGAGCAGCUCAGAUAAGCGUUUCCUGGUAAAGCAGCAUACCACAAUGCUCAGACAUCAGAGAAACCCCCACAGAGUCCGUUCUGCAGCCAUCGAAGAGGACGUCCCCCCUCCACCACUCUAAGGACCCCCACCCCCUCAAUGGCUACAAACUGAUUAAAGUCCCCAACUGUCCGGCCUGGCCAUCCACAGACUUCCACUUAAAAAUAAAGCCUUGUUAUGGCCGACCACAGCUGGGACGGGGUGGCUGAAAAUAAAAAAAGAUAAGAAAUGCAGUUGUGGCCUCUUUCUGCAAAGGUCUUAUUUUAACAUUCGUAUGCCAUGUCAUAUAGCCAUCGGAGUGUAAAUGUGUGUGAGUGUUUAGCAGUGUUGAGCAGGUGGCACCUUGUAUGGCAGCCUC